GGAUAUAAAUUCAAAAAGGUUAAUAAGGAACAAAAUAAACCUUCCUCUGUAUUUCAAAGAGAAAAAAAAAGAAAACUGUAAAAUAAAAUACGUGAUAAAUAUUAAAGAAUUUUAAAAUAUCGGAAAGCAUCAUUUGUAUGAGAAAUUUUAUGCAAUUUCUUUUGACAUUUGCUUUGACAGUUCAACCAAAAGAAAAAAAGAUCAAUUUAAAAUCGAUUUAUCUAUCGAUCCGGUUUUUCGAGUUUUACCAAAAAUUUCGAAUAUAAAAAGAAAAAAAAUAUAAACUAGCUCGCAAUUUAUGUAACAUUCGCGAGUUUUUCUUUAUUUUCAAAUUUAAUUUAUUUGAAUUUCGUGUGUGCAAAAAUUAAACAAAAUAGUGUUGAAAAAAAAUAAAAUUCAAAUCGUUUUUUUUUUUUUUGAAUUUCUUGAGGCCGUGAUCCAAAAUUAGAAUAUGCCUGAACGGAUUAUUUUUGGCGGGCAUAAUAAACAACAUCAACAGCAGCAGCGAUACAUUAGCGGUGUUCUUGAAAUUAUCACUUUUAAACAGGAGCAUCAAAAGUAACAACAACCUCGACUCGACUAGUUUUGAGAAUUGCAACACAAAAACUCAACACAAACUGUCAUUUUCAUUACCUUGAUGUUUUAUUAAGAGAGCAGUACAAAUAAAAUAGUGCAACAUACAUUUUUGUAAUUCAAACAAAAAAAAACUCUAAAGAGAGCUGAAAAUUGAAGUUAUUUUGAAAUAAAGAAAAAGAAAAACCUAACGGUGAAAGAGUAUUAAUAUUUAGUUAAGACAUAAACCAUCACAAGAGUGGUGAAUUUUUGAAAUUGCAAAAAACAACAAGAAAACGAAAAUAAAUUUUUAAUUAAAAUUUUCGAAAAAGAAGCACGACGAUUGACAUAGUGAAGAAAAUUUAUAUAUUUAAAUAAAAAGUAAUUAAUUUAAAAUGAGUGGAAGAGAUAAUCGCCCAAGUGGGCAAAUCACAAGUGCAAUGGGCAAAAUCAAGGAUAAACUGAAAAGAUCGGUUGGUGACACGGAUGAUCAAUUCGCUGGUUACGAACGUGUCCAAGGUGGUACACUAUCAACAUCAACAACAGCCACAAGCUUGGACACAAUCCUGGUCGAUGAUACAUUCUCAUUCCAAGAACAAAGAAACAAAAGUCCAACACUACAAUUUGCACCCAUCUUGGAAGGUGAUGAUAUCAAUGAACCACCAAGAACAACGUCGUCAGCGGCAGCGGCGGCGAGUCAAAGGACUGGUAGCCAAAAGAAGCUGACAGGAAGUGCUACAGAACUCCAACCACUUCCACCACCGCCACAAUCGUCACAUGGACAUAGUCAUCAUUAUCGUGGAGCAGUUUCCGAUGCUGAUCUAAAUCGCAGUAAGACCUCACUCAAAGGCUCUAAGGUGUCCUUCGAGAAGAAGAACGAAAGCAGUGAUGAGGAUAGCUUCGAAGACAGGCGGGAUAAAUUCCAACAACAAAAGACUAUCAGUGUUGAUCAUAAGGGUAUUUUAAAGGAUCUUAAAAACAUCUUGGCCAAUGACAAUCGACGACAAUUUCAAGCCAAAAAACAUGUCUCCCUAGACAUCAGAGGCACAACGUUCCUGGAAGAUCUCCUGCGUGAUUCCUCGUCAGAGGAAGAUUUCCGAAAAACACGCAAAGACUUCCAGGGUCGCAAACAUCAAAGUCUUGAUCCAAGAGUUAGUUUGAAACUCAAAGGAAACUUAGCAAGCGGUUCGAGUACAGAUAGUGAGGAAGAAAGUGCUCCCGAACAGAAGCGUCUUAUCAAGCGCUAUAAGGAUAUCACAAAACCAGUGAUUAUUGAUUUUAAGGAUUUAGAAAGUGACGACGAAGAUUAUAUUUCAGCAAGGCAAGCUUUUCAAGCUCAACGAGCUGCUAGUAUUGAUAGUAGAAAAAAUAGUUGCCGAUUAUAUGAAAUGGAUGAAAUGGGCAGCAAGAAAAGUGAAAAUCUAAGGCAUUCAGUUCCGUUUGUAAGACAAAUCACAGAAGAUGGUAAACCAAAAUUGGAAGUCUACAGACCUACAACGAAUCCCAUUUAUAUUUGGACUCAGGUUUUGGCCGCUUUGACAGUGUCAUUAGGUUCUAUGGUUGUGGGUUUUUCAUCAGCUUACACCUCACCUGCUUUAGUGUCCAUGACUAAUCCAAACAUGACAGAUUUCGAAGUUACUCCUCAAGCUGCCUCCUGGGUUGGUGGUGUGAUGCCUUUGGCAGGUCUAGCUGGAGGUAUUGCUGGUGGACCGUUUAUUGAGUAUGUUGGUCGCAGAAAUACAAUCCUUCUAACAGCUGUUCCCUUCAUUAUCGCAUGGCUUCUGAUUGCAUGCGCUACUAAUGUCGGUAUGGUUUUGGCCGGUCGUGCUCUGUCCGGUUUUUGCGUUGGUGUCGCCUCUCUGUCAUUGCCUGUGUACUUGGGAGAAACUGUUCAACCAGAAGUUCGUGGUACGCUGGGACUGCUACCAACUGCUUUCGGUAAUAUUGGAAUCUUGAUUUGCUUCGUUGCUGGAACCUACAUGGAAUGGUCCGGGUUGGCAUUCCUCGGUGGAGCUCUGCCAAUUCCUUUCCUGAUAUUGAUGUUUUUGAUUCCUGAAACUCCACGUUGGUAUGUGUCCAAGAAUCGUGAGGAACGAGCACGCAAGGCUUUGAUAUGGUUGAGAGGCAAACAAGCUGAUGUUGAGCCCGAAUUAAAAGGUCUUCUGAGAUCCCAGGCCGAUGCUGAAAGAUCAGCUGGACAGAAUUCAAUGUUUGAAUUGUUGAAGAAAACAAAUUUGAAACCAUUGGGAAUCUCGCUGGGUUUGAUGUUCUUCCAACAGUGGUCUGGUAUCAAUGCUGUGGUCUUCUAUACCGUGAUGAUUUUCAAAAAUGCCGGUUCAACAAUUGACGGAAAUGUUUGUACGAUUAUUGUUGGUAUUGUCAAUUUUGCAGCAACAUUUGUUGCAACAAUGUUGAUUGACAGAUUAGGUCGUAAGAUUCUUUUGUAUAUUUCUGACAUUUGUAUGAUCAUCACUCUCUUCACACUUGGUGGCUUCUUCUAUUGCAAAUCGAAUGGAAUGGAUGUUUCAUCUUAUGGAUGGUUGCCUUUGGCUAGUUUUGUAGUCUUUGUUGUUGGUUUCUCACUUGGUUUCGGACCAAUUCCAUGGUUGAUGAUGGGUGAAAUCUUACCCGCCAAAAUUCGUGGUUCAGCAGCUUCAGUGGCAACUGCUUUCAAUUGGUCAUGCACAUUUGUUGUGACAAAGACCUUCCAGGAUAUGAUUGAUACAAUUGGAGCAAGUGGUGCCUUCUGGUUGUUCGGUUCAAUUUGUUUUGUUGGUUUGUUCUUUGUGAUAUUCUACGUUCCUGAAACUCAAGGCAAGAGUCUUGAAGAUAUUGAAAGAAAAAUGUGCGGACGAGUGCGGCGAAUGUCCUCAGUGGCGAAUAUUAAACCAUUGUCAUUCAACAUGUAAACAAAAAUAACAUCAAGGACAAACUUAACAGAAAACUACAGAGAAGACAAAGUAAACUAGAAAAUGAUGAGAAUCAACACUCCAAGUGCCUGUCCAAAAAACACAAACAAAUAAAGUGCCCAGCCAAAAAGUAACUAACCAAAAAUUAUUUUUUAAGAAAAUACAAAACAAAACACUAAAAUUUGUAUACUACAACUACUUUCCUCUCCUUCCUAGAAUUUUAAGAACAUUCAUUUUUGAGAUCAAUUUAAAAAAGAAAAAAGAAAUUUAAAAAAAAAGAAUAAAACUGAUCCCGUAAAGUAGUGCCAGGCAUAUGAAAAGUAGGACCUAUUUUUCUACUACGCAUUGUGAUAUGAAAGAAAAAAAACAAAAACAAAUAACAAGAGAAUAUUAACAUAAUCGAAGAAUAAUAAUAAUUAAAAAAAAAAGAAAUAUAUUAAAAACGAUUUAACGUCAUUAUUGUUUGAGCGCAGACAUUAGAAUUUUUGUAUGUAAAUAGUUUAAAGUUUAUAAUUUUUUAGUUUCCUUUUUUAUUUAAGUUUAUUAUUUUAUUAUUUUUUGUUUUAGCUAGAGACUUACUUUUUCUUUAAAUUAAUAAAAGAAAAUAAAUACAUUUUUAAAUAUCUUAGUUUGUAAUUUAUAGAAUUUUAGGAAUUAAUAAUAGAAAUAAUUAUUUUAUUUGUUAUUAAAAUAGAGAAUGAUUGAAAAACAAAAAAUUCCCUUUUAAAUAAUUGAUAAAUUGUGUUAGAAUGAUUAAAGAUAUGAGAGAUUACUCGUUUUAUUUUUGUUUAAAUUAAAUUCUUUAAAUUAAUUUGUUUUUUCUUCUUUUGGAAAAAAAUCGAUUGAUGAUUAGGAUAUUUUUUUUUUAAAUAUUAAAAUGAGUCGUGUUUUAUUUGUUUUUAAAUAAUUUUAUUAAUAUUAUUUAUGUGUAUGUAGAUUUAUUAUAAUGAUGUUGAUAAAAAUGAAUCCCUAUUAGAAAUAAGAUGAAAAAAAAAAUAAAUAAUACAAUAUAAACAAAAAAAUAUAUGAAUGCAACAAUAAUUGUUGAUCAUUAUAAAUCUUGAAUAUUUUUGAUUAAAAUAUACAUUGAUAUUAAAAAUGUUA